AUGAAUCACGAUCCUUUCAGCUGGGGUAGACCAUCAGACGUUCAAUAUGGUGCAUAUGAUACGAAAAUAGCGAACGCGUCUUCCAAUGCAUAUCCAAGCAUGAAUACACAGCAACCAAUUAUUACCGGUACAUCAGUAGUUUCAAUGAAAUAUAACAAUGGUGUCAUUAUUGCAGCAGAUGGCAUGGGUUCCUAUGGGUCUUUAUUGAGAUUUUCAAAUGUCAAUAGGCUUUUUGUGGUAGGUAACAGCACUGUAGUGGGUAUAUCUGGCGAUAUCUCAGAUAUGCAGUAUAUCGAACGCCUUUUGGAGGACAUGGAAAUUGAAAAUAACUACGAUAACGCAUACGCAGAGAGCUCGGAGGCCUUGCUACCCAGCUAUGUGUUUGAGUAUUUAACAUCGUUAAUGUACCAAAGAAGGUCCAAGAUGGAUCCCCUAUGGAACGCUAUCAUUGUUGCCGGUGUCGAGGACGGAAAGCAGUUUUUAAAAUACGUUGACUUGAAGGGCGUUAGAUACUCUUCUCCCAGUUUGGCAACUGGGUUUGGUGCGCACAUGGCGAUCCCUCUAAUGAGAAAACUUGUAGACAAUGACGAAGACGUGAAGCAAAUAGAUUUAGAAACCGCCAAGAAGGCGAUCCUAGAUUGUAUGAAAGUGCUCUUCUACAGAGAUGCCCGCAGCUCUAGGUCAUUUUCUUUGGCAGUCAUCGAUCGUGAUUCUGGCGUAGAUCUCCAGAAACUUGAAGUGGAAAACAUGACGUGGAGCUUUGCUAAAGACAUUAAAGGCUACGGAACUCAAAAAGUCUAG